AUGUCGUCCUUCACAUCCUUGCUCUCCCUGGGCGCCCUGGCAGCUACUGCCCUGGGCUCGCCCGUGCCAGAGAUCCCCCACCUGGCCCCCCGAGCUGUGAGCGACUUCCAGUGCUUCAACGCCAGCCUGCCCAACAUCACCAUCUUUGCUACCGGUGGUACCAUUGCCGGUUCGGCUGGCUCGGCUGACCAGACCACUGGUUACCAAGCCGGAGCUCUGGGCAUCAAGGUCCUGAUCGACGCUGUUCCCGAGCUGUGCAACAUCUCCAACGUUCGUGGCGUGCAAAUCGCCAACGUUGACAGCUCCGACAUCACCUCGACUAUCCUCACCAACCUGACCCACCAGAUUCAGGCUCAGCUGGAUAGCCCUUAUACGCAAGGUGUUGUCGUCACCCAUGGAACCGACACUCUCGAGGAGUCCUCAUUCUUCCUCGACCUGACGGUCCAAAGCGACAAGCCCGUCGUUGUCGUCGGCUCUAUGCGCCCUGCCACGGCCAUCAGCGCCGACGGCCCCAUCAACCUGCUGUCCGCAGUCAAGCUCGCCGCCAGCGACAGCGCCAAGAAGCGAGGAACUCUCAUCACCCUCAACGACAGAAUUGCCUCUGCUCGGUACACCAUCAAGACCAACGCCAACGCUCUCGACACUUUCAAGGCUGAGGAGCAGGGCUACCUGGGCGCCUUUGAGAACAUCCAGCCUGUUUUCUGGUACCCUCCCGUGCGACCUCUGGGCCACCACUACUUCAACAUCAGCUCCAUCUCUGCCUCUGAGCCUCUUCCCAAGGUUGACGUGCUUUACGGCCAGCAGGAGGUUGACCCCGAGCUUUUCGAGGCCGCCGUUGAGGGUGGUGCUAAGGGUAUUGUCGUUGCCGGCGUCGGUGCUGGAGGCUGGCCUACCAAGGCCAAGGAGGCUCUUGAGGAGGUUGUCAAGAAGACCAAGGUCCCCGUUGUUGUGAGCCGCCGAACCGCCUGGGGUUUCGUGUCUGGCCAGGACUACGGUAUCAACGCCGGAUACCUCAACCCUGCCAAGGCUCGCAUUCAGCUCCAGCUGGCUCUGGCCAAGGAGCUUCCUGCCAAGGAGAUCAAGGAGAUCUUUGAGUAUACCCAUGUUCAGUAG